AUGUUCCAAAACGCACUUCGGACAUCUCUUUCACUCUACAGGAGCAAUGUUUCCAGCUGUCUAAGGUCGCAAACGUUCCGUCGAUUUCUAUCUCAGGAGUCUCGCACGAAAAUACAGGCCGCAGUGACCGAAUACCCUGUGGUGCUAUUUAUGAAGGGCAACCCAGAGCAGCCCAUGUGCGGUUUUUCACGAGGGGUCGUGAAGAUCCUCAGUGCUUUCGACAUUCCACCUGGAAAGUUCAAGACAUAUAAUGUCCUCGAGGAUCUAGAGCUCAGGACCGGAAUCAAAGAAUUCUCGGAAUGGCCAACCAUCCCACAACUGUAUGUGAACGGGGAAUUUGUAGGUGGGAGCGACAUUGCUUUAAGCAUGUUUCAAUCUGGAGAGCUGGAAACGCUCCUCGAGCAGCAUGGGGUUAUUCCGAAGGCAUCAGAAUCUUCCUCUUAG